AUGGUCCGACAUGGUCCGAGGGGCCACAGGCUGAGAGCCCUUGGCUUCAACGCGAAGGCAGGGCUGCCUGCACCCCGAGAGGACAACAACGUCCUCUUCAAGUGUGAUCUGUGCAAUGAAGACAGCGACAGUCCUAAAUAUCGGCCCUGCCGGCGGGAUGCCUACCUACAGGAGCCAUACGCUGGUAAUUACCACAUCGGUCAGACCACAUGGGCCGACAAUGUGAUAGCGUCUGGCAAGGCCUUUGUAUUCGACAAGGAAGGACGCAAGCACAAUCUGACAUUCCUCCCCCUCGCCAAACCCUACCACGCCACGCGCUCCAACCUCGUUCGCUGGCGCCGCAACAUGUUCGGCUCCGUCAAUCGGAUCAAGAGCCUAAGCCGCAGCGGAGAGUACCGAUUCAAGAUGACCGAUCAGGCCCACUGGCAUCAGGACGUCGACAAUUCCAUACCAGACCCGGUCGCGCGCAGGAACAUCGUGACCCUGAAGGACACCCAGGGUGGCUUCCACGAGAUCUUUAUGCGUAAGCCGGCCCCCGAGGACGAAUACAAGGCACGGAGGGAUUGGCGUUCUCUUAUGGUGAACCUCUGCGCAACAUUUUUUGGCGGAGAAGUCGGUGAAGCCGUGCCUGUACCGCGAUACCUGUGGGCUCGGCCAGAGGAGGAAGUGGGCUCGCCUGUCGACGACGACGCCCCUGGCGCGGCUAGCAACCCCGCCUCAUCAGGUCAAGCCUUCCGCCUCGACCUCCCUCAGAGCGCGCGGUGCCGGACCAGCUUGCCCGUCACCAAUUGGCGACCAAAGCACUGA